GGACGCAUAAAAAGAGAAGCUGCUUGAGGUGGAGCAGACUCUACAACAAAAUCAUCCCCAUUCAGUACAUGCUGAAUUUCUACUUCUGACAUCGGGGGUAAACUCCUGAGGAGCGAAUGAAGAAACAAAUUCUUCUUCUAUUCACAUUCAGAGGACUAGUGAGCAAAGGGAAAAGAGUUAAAAAAAGGAAAUGGCAAAGUUUAUAUUACGGAAGGCUGAACCCAAGGACGUAUCCGACAUCCUGCGACUCAUAAAGGAACUUGCUAAAUUUGAAGAGAUGGAGGAGCAGGUCAAACUGACAGAAAAAGAUCUGCUCGAGGAUGGCUUCGGGGAUCAUCCAUUUUACCACUGUCUGGUUGCUGAGAUCCCAGAAGAACAAAGCUCAGACGGUUACACAGUAAUUGCUUUUGCAAUGUACUACUUUACAUAUGACCCUUGGAUUGGAAAGCUCCUUUACCUGGAGGACUUCUAUGUAAUGCAACAAUACCGUGGUCUGGGCAUUGGUUCGAAAAUCCUACAGGUGCUCAGUGAGACGGCAGUGAAAACUCGCUGUAGCAGCAUGCACUUCAUUGUUGCAGAAAACAACACAAAGUCCAUUGAGUUCUACAAACACAGGGGAGCGACUGACCUCUCCUACGAGGAAGGAUGGCGUCUCUUUGCUAUUAAUAAGAUGGAGCUGGUGAAAAUGUCUGGCAAAUAAAGUUGACUAAUGCUGACUGAUGAGAAAACGCUACAGUCUGGCUGGUGACACAUUAGAACAAUUCAAUGUAACCUUUAAUGGUUGUUUUGUUUAAUUUAUUUUGACGUUAACACUUGGUUAUUGAAUAAAAACACUUUAACUGUGA